GCUCAGGUUGUUGGAGUUGAGGCCCUGGCGAAAACAGCUCGUCAAGGGUGCCUGGAAAUCGGCGCCGCUCAACCCAAGUGACCGCAUGGCGGCUCUUCUUGGCACUCACCAGGAGGAGGCGCUGCCCCAUUCAGAUGGGCUGCUGCUGAUUACGCCGCCGCACUCGCCCAGGGUACCGUCCUCGCCUCCGCAGGCACCACCGAGAGGAGCCGUCGCCGCCAGGGCCAACUACCUGCCAGGGUGUGUGCGCCAGAACUUGGAGGGCCAGACGCACGCCGCACGGGACGUGGACCUCUUCGCAGCGUCCGAGCCCCUCCUCGACCACGCGCAGAUCGCAGCGAUGCAGCGCCACCUGAGCGCGGCGAGCGCACACGUCGGGAAGCUGCUGGUGGAGCGCGGUGCGCACGCGAGCACCGAGGCUGUGCAGCCGCAGUCCCCCGACGGCGCCGGCGGCGUGCUCGAUCCCCUCGAGUGGGCGGCGGGAGCCGGCGGCAGAGACGCCGUCGCAAAGCGCUGCGCCGAGGACAUCCUGGGCGUGCUCGGAGCAGAGCGGCAGGGCCCCGCCGGCGGGCGGAGCCUGGCGUCGCUGCGAGCCAGGAGCUGAUCGGCAGGGCCUUUCCCCAUCAUGCUCGCGUCGCUUGCGGUCUGACACUUUUAGUGAGCGUUUCGCUCCGCCAGUUCUGGCCCCUUACGCUUCAGCGCGGCACGCUAACCACAUCCUAGGUCCCAGAUCGGUCCGCGCGGCGGCGUCGGCCGCCCGGCGGAGGUUGCCGCCCGCAGGGUGGGGCCUCUUCAUCUCUUCAUCUCGUGCCCUGGGCAUCGCUCAGACGUGUGCUGCACGCGGAAUGGGCGUCCGAGCGAUGGCGAGGUGGCUUCAAGCUGGUCCCUGAGAGGGCAGGGAUGCUCGCGGUUCGACUCGGCUGCGCGUCGCAGUGGCUUGCUAAUUACCUCAAGAGAUCCUUCCAUCGUCUUGUGCGGCAGAAUCUACAGACAUCCGCGAGCUUACUUUGUCGCCUCUGGUCUGCAUGGCCAGUUAGUCUGUGUUCAGGCAUCGGCGCACCGCGUCGGUGAUCCGCCAGUUCCUGUAUCUCUCUUGUAUCUCUCUGGUUCUCUCUGU